AUGUCUCGCCGCAAGCAGGGCAAACCCCAGCACUUAAGCAAGCGGGAGUUUUCGCCUGAGCCUGUGACGGCCGCCCUCCCCGAGGAGCCCCAGGACGAUGCCUGCCUGCUCCCAGUUGCGACCUCCUCGCCCAAAGGCUACCCGGACCUCCUCACGUGCGGGCUGUGCCACUCCCGCUUUCCCCUGUCCGACAUCCUGCUGUUUAUCGACCACAAGCGCAGGCAGUGCCAACGCAGCCACUGCCUGGACAAGGACCUCGACAGGCCCCCUCCGCGGUCGCCGACCACCCCCUCGUGCCUGGUGCGCGCCACUAUCACCCCCGGGCGUCGCGGACGCCACCCGGUCGAGGUGGCCGUCCAGGUGACGCCCCACAACCACAAGGAUAACUUAUCCAUGGCCUCCCCUGGAAUAUGGCCCAAGCAGGAGAACAUAACAGAAAAAGAAGAGCCCAGCAGCUACACUUGCACAACCUGUAAGCAGCCCUUCGGCACUGCCUGGUUCCUGCUGCAGCACGCCCAGAACAUGCACGGCUUUCGCAUCUACCUGGAGAGCGAGCCGGGCAGCCCGCUGACGCCCCGCAUGGCCUCCGCCCCCGGUAUGGGGGGAGAGUGCGGAUCCCAGGCCCCCGCUCUGCACGCGGCUCACCUGGCUGACAGCAGCCCCUACGGCGCCAUGCGUCUCGCUGGAUCCAGUUCGGCAGGCAGGGACUCGGUGGCCUCGGGCCCCAGGGAGGGUCGCUACCCUCGGACGCCUCCGCUCUUCAGCCCCCCACCCAGGCACCACCUGAGCCCGGACGACCUGGCCCUGGCCCCCCAGCACCCAAGCGCCUUCGACCGGGUGAUGCGCCUCAAUUCGGUUCCCAUGGACUCCCCGGCCAUGGACUUCUCACGCAGGCUCCGGGAGCUGGCGGGCCAGACGGCCAUGGUGGGAUCGUCGCCCCCCAUGUCCCCCGGACGGCCCAGCCCCGUGAAGCGGCUGCUGCAGCCCUUUCAGCCCGCCUCCGCUCCAGCCGCGUCCCCCGCCAACUCCACGCCCUCCCCCUCCGGCGGCCGCGUCUCAGCCCACCACCAGGCCCAAGCCCCCAGUACCCCGACCCGGUCCAAGUCCUGCGAGUUUUGUGGCAAGAGCUUCAAGUUCCAGAGCAACCUCAUCGUACACAGACGGAGCCACACAGGAGAGAAGCCUUACAAGUGCCACCUGUGCAACCACGCCUGCACCCAGGCCAGCAAACUCAAGCGCCACAUGAAGACACACCGGCACAACUCCUCCUCCUCGCUUGCCUCCAGGUCCGAUGAUGGGCUCUCGGCCACUAGCUCACCUGAGCCGGGCACCAGCGACGUACCCGGUAGUGCCACCAGCGCCCUCAAGUCAGUGGUGGCCAAGUUCAAGAGCGAGAACAACGGGGUUAUCCCUGAGAAUGGUGAAGGUGAAGAAGACGAGGAGGAGGAGGAAGAGGAAGAAGAAGAGGAGGAAGAGGAAGGGGAAGAGGAGGAGGAGGAGGAGGAGGAAGAAGGAGAAGAGGAGGAGGAAGGAGGGGUGGAGAAUGGACCCGAGGACAGGAAGGACUUCGCCCGAUUCAGUCUGAGCCUCGAGGGUGCCCGUCACCACGAGAAUAGCCGCAGUCGUUACCGGGGAGACCUGAAUCCUCAUAAGCGGCGUGCGCUCAACUCCUCGAGCCAGGUGACGACCCCUGACCCUGGCGAAGAGGGGGACUCUGCUCCGGAGCUGGACCGCCCUGAAGACGGCCACUGUGGUAUCACGACGAACGGCACAGGCCCCUUCUCAGGGGAGGGCCUCUCCAGGAAACUCCGAGACUCCAGCCCUGGCUCCCUUAGCCCCCUCUCCAAACGCAUCAAGGUGGAGAAGGACCUGGACUCCCCGACCCUCCCUGCCACCGCUGUGACGCCCAUCUCGGAAAACGUCUACUCCCAGUGGCUGGCUGGUUAUGCCGCCUCGCGGCAGCUCAAGGAGCCCAACUCUACUUUACUCAACUUCGGGGACUCCCGACAAUCGCCCUUCGCCACGUCCUCCGAGCACUCCUCGGAGAAUGGCAGCCUGCGCUACUCUACGCCACCCGGCGAGCUGGACGGGAUCGGCGGCGGGGGGGCUUCGGGCCGCAGUGCAGCCGGUAGCGGCGCCAGCACCCCUCACCUCACCGUCCCGCCCAUGCGCCCCAGCUCCAAGGACAGCAGCGGCGGCGGAAGCGGAGGGAGCAGCAGCGGCGGUCGCCGCAGCGACACCUGCGAGUACUGCGGCAAGGUGUUUAAGAACUGCAGCAACCUGACGGUGCACCGGCGGAGCCACACGGGCGAGCGGCCGUACAAGUGCGACCUGUGCAGCUACGCCUGCGCCCAGAGCAGCAAGCUCACGCGCCACAUGAAGACGCACGGCCAGAUGGGCAAGGAUGUGUACAAGUGUGAGAUUUGCCACAUGCCCUUCAGUGUCUACAGCACCCUGGAGAAGCACAUGAAGAAGUGGCAUGGUGAGAGGCCACUCAGCGAAGACAUUAAGAGCGAGUAAAGGAAGUUUGUGGAGGGUUUCGGACGGUGGGGGAAAGGGAUGGGUGGGACAGGAUACAAAGUUGUUGCUCCCCCAUCUCACCGCCACCAUUUUUUAGCCCUCUGUUGAGUUCUGGUUCUCAAAGGACGUGAACGAAGCUUAGCAUGUGCUUAGCAUCCACACGAGACACUGGUGGACAUGGGACACAGGUGGACACGGGACAGUGGAUUUUUUGGGGGCAGUCCCGUCAACAAGCAAAACCCUGGAGCCUCGCUUAAUGUGCAAUAAUUUACUUGUUUUUUCUACCUUUUUAUACAAAAAAAAAACAUAAGAAAAAUACUGAAUGGCAUGCUAGGUGUAUUAGCGCUAAUCUGUUAGCUGUAAUUGUUGUUGUCGGUGAUGUUUUGUACUUUAUAAUGACAGAAAAUCCAUGCUGCAGACACACUGUUCUACAUAUCAUGUACAGUUUCACGUCAACAAUCACAGUUUAUUCCAUAUGCUCACAAGGAGAAAAUAACAUGAAAACAGAUCUUUUAAAAAGAGUACAUUAUUUUCAACAUGGACAGUUGAAAAAUAUCAAUUGGGAUGCCUACUAAAUUAUGGCCAUAAAAUGAUUUACCUGAGGUAGUUAUCAAAUCUAUCGGAAUUUAUUGUAUGGUUUCUUUUUGUAAAAAAAAAAAUGAAAAGAAAAAAAAAGAUAAACGAGUGCCUUGGAUAUCUUUACACAUAUGUUUAUCCAGCCAUAUGCUACAAGCUUGGAGUCUUAACCAGAUGAUGAUUAUGGUUACGCUCAGAGUAAGGGUCUUGCAUCAAGCUCCCGAAGGACAUUGGCCAAUCAUACCAUGCAGCCAUAUAUUUCAAGAAAAAAAAUGUCCAAUGUUUUUCACUGAUUAUUGUGUGCAUCACUAUGCCUUUGUUUACUACCGUGGCAAUACGUACUUUUCAGUUUCCUGAGAUUUUGACUUGUGUUGUUUUGGUACAAGGUACAGCAAUUAGUUUAUUUUAUAAAUCCGCUAACUUAAGUUCCUAAUAUUUUUUGGGGUGUAUUUUAUGUACGAAAGUUUGGCCUGCUUAGUUUGGUGGAUAGCAUGCAACUAUGUGGCUGUCGUUUUUAGCCUUGAACUGUUGAGCUGACCCCUGACCCUGAGGUCAAUUUAGUUCUGGCAGGCCUGACGGAUAAGGAGAAAGACUUCUGGGACAUGUCGAGUGAAAGGGGGAAGGGAGAGAGUUUUGAAAGUAAACUUUCAAAAGAAUGAAAAGAAAAAAAUCCCUCAGAGUCCAUCUCAGAGUCCUUCUCUAACGCCAACUUGCUAGUCAGCUGCUGUUAGUUAUCUCAUUAUUUUAGCUAAAUCCUCUUCCCCCCCCAUUUAUUAGUGUUUAGAGGAAAGUUAAACUACUAGCUUGUUAUUACGAAAGCCUAACUAUCUCGAAAAAGAAUACCCCUGCUCUUUAGAAAGAAGCACUUAGCUAAAUGAUUUCUUCUUGUCGUUUGUAUCCCAGCCACAGGCUCCGUUAGGCAACACGUCGGCCAUCUUGUUUGACGUUGAGAAUAGCACUUGUCACUCUGCCUUGCAUUCUGUAUAUGUCUCUUUAAUCAGAGGUACAGAUGGUCGAGUAUAAACUGAGAUGGCUUUUUUACUUUUGUUGUCAAAUGUACAGGACAAAUACGUGCACUGUUCAGUUGCUCCCGGUUUACAGACAAGAUGCGUUUCGAGGGAGAGAAAAAAUGCCCUCUCGUAUGCUCACAGUUUAUAGUGCCGUCAUGUUUUUUUCAUGCAAAAUAAACUUUUCCGAAAAAGACGACAACAGGGUGAAAUUGUGCUCUUAAGUCAUGUUUUGUCAACAGAAUGCUGUAGUUUGGAUUCUGGGUUUCAGUGCAGGGGUCAAAAGCAUGGACCUCUCUGCUUUCACUUGAGAAUGACACAGACUUGCUGCUCCAAGAGCAAGGAUUUUUUUAUAUAUUAUAUUACAUAAUUUUAUAUAAAAAAAGACUGUCAUUUUUUUCCUGUGUAUUUCACAGAAAUUUAAUUUAAAAAAAUGUUGAGAUUUUCAUUUUUGUGUGUGUGUGGGUGUUUUUCUUCAUGUAUCAGUGAUAUUGAGGACUUGAUCACUAUGUAUAGCUCAGAAACGUGGAACUGGUCUCAGAUUUUCUUUUGCCUUUGCUAAACGAAAACUUCAGGUUGCAUAACGGAGAGAUUUAGGACGAUGAGAAUACCGAGGACUUAAAAAGGAGGACUCACUUGUGUCCUCUCUAAUCUGAAACAAUUGCUGUCAGCCUCUUUAUUUUUUCCUUACAA